UCCGAUGUGGAGCCGAAGCCGUCGGUCACGGUCAAGCUGGAGAUCAAACCCGAGGAGACACAGGAUCCUGAAGUGCAGGCCUUCCUCGGUUCUGACAAGUGGGAGAUACUCAAGCCGAUUAUCCUCGCGAAGCUCGGGCUCGAGCGGAGGCGUUCCGAGCCGCUGCAGAAGCCCUUCGAGCUGCUGAAGGAGCUGAAGCCCAGGCAGCCGCCAAGCGGCAGCUGCUGCACGCCCAGGAGGCCCUCGGGGUCAAGCGGCGCAGGCAGGGGCUUUAGCAAGGUGGCCAGGCCACCGCGUGAUCAGCAGCUGUGGAGGCUGUGGACUGUCAACACGAAUGCCUGGAGCUCGUUCCAGGGCUGCUUGGACUGGCAGAAAAGUUUGAGCCUCAAGCAUCUCGGCGUCCAGGCCGGCUAUUUCUCGAGGCUGAAGCUGAUUCGGGCUAACAUGGCCUUCCCUCAUGGCCUGCUGCUGGGCUCUGUCUACGGGUUUGUGGAUGCGUCCGACAAGGUGUUCACCUGGGACUUGCUGGAGGCCUUGGGAGUCUUUCUGCGCCGUUCCAGGUCACCGUGGAUUCUUGCAGGGGACUUCAACUUGCCGCCAGAUGACCUCAAGUUGUGCAAGUGGGUGGAGCUCCUGAAAGGCACGAUCGUGGCCCCAAGUGGUCCUACUUGCUUCGCGUCCAAGUCGGGGUCCACGAUCGACUACUACAUUGUGAGUCAGGGGUUGGCCAACUUCGUCAGUGAUGUUCGCCCGAUAUACGGUGCCCCUUCGUCGCCUCACGUCGCUGUUGCCAUGCAGCUCAAGGGCCCCGCGCUGAACAUCCCGCUCCACGUUCGCAGAACAUGGAAGCCCUUCCCCACUGCUUUGCGGACGGGGCCUUUGCGGAAGCCUGCCGAGCACUGUUGGUCCUGGCCCGCAGGGGUGCUCGCAGGGGUUCAGCUGGAGGAUGCGUGGUGCCAGUGGCUGAGCAACAUGGAGCUGGAGUUGUGCAACCAGUUCGACAUCGUCGGAGCUGGGCAGAAAGGCUUCAUUGGCAGAGCUGACGGGUUCGAGCGUCGGCAGGUGCCUCUGUCUGUUUCUAUUGAGAAGGCGGCUAUGUCUGGCAGUGGGGACAAGAUGAGAGCCUGGAGGUCGCUCGAUGCCAUCCUGUCCAGGUUCCAGGCACUCCAGGACGACACCGUUGGUGCGAGCGAAGCGGCUGCUGUGCAGCCGACCUCCUUGGAGUCCAUGGGCUUUGUGCUGCCU